UUCUCUUCAGUAUAUUCUCAGCACUCAGUAGCUCUCGAAGAAUAUCCAUUGUAUAGUGUAAUCCCAAGGCCAUGACUGGUUGAAGCAGUGAUGCUCCAAGAUCGUAUUCUAUGUGCCAUAAACAUGCAUACCUUACGUCUGUCUCUACAAUCGUCAUCGGCCACGAGUCUCACCUUACAGCCCCUUUCCUUUCUUUCCCAGUCAUUUCAGAAUUCGGGUCCUCCAGAAGGCGAGGCCAGUCUCGUGCGCACCUUGAAGGCUGGCGGCGUCCGAUAACAAACCUCUUAUCGGACCCACCACGAGUACGUACCUCGCCCAGCACCGGCACCUCAACUGUGACAGCUCGAACAAGAGCUCCGUUUCUCCCGCGACGAAGUGUCUCUUGUCUGUUCUAGCGACUCGCGUCGUCCCGAAUUCCCCUCCCCUCUCUCAAUCCCUUCCUCACUUUGCACCGCCAGCUUCAGUGUUCAUUCAUUCUGUUUCUCCAACGGGUUGGCUCUUUGAAGUGGCUCGGUCUGUGGGUGGUCUGUACGGCUGGGCCUGUGGUUUCAAGGCUCCCCUAAAAUUACUACCAUAAGCCGCUGCGACAGCAUCAGCCAGCCAGGUAAGGUAAACGGCCAAUGUUGACCACCCUGUGUUUUUUUCUGUCAUUAGGUUAUGCCCAGUGCAGCCGCAAGGGAUGGGGCGAUCUCCCGCUCGUUUAUCUUUUUGUAGACUUUUCUUCUGCUAUUGUUCUCCAGAAACCCCCCUGCUUUGAAGGAAGCGCAUUGUGGUCACGGAUCCUGCGGAUAGAGACUUGAACACAGCACUGACAUGUUGUCCAGCCUGAGCCCAAACCCCAGCAACAGCAGCACCGACAGCAGCAUCAUGUCGUCCAACCCACCAAGUGCCGCAGAGCGCUCUGGCUCCUCGAGACCUCUUCGUUCCUUUCGUGUCGAGCGCUCACCCUCCCCGGAACCAACGUCUCGUCCAAAGAGAGCCAGUACCAUCAUGACGGGACCAACGCCUGGUGCGAAGUCCAUGGUCCGUACUGCGUCUGGCACGCAUGUGAGGCUGGGCAGCGAGACGGAAAGGCCAGACACCUUUGAGAGCCGGAUUAGUGAGGAGAAUGCCGAUUCUGAACCACCGAGGGCCUCAGUUGACCUGGACGAUCUGCCCAUCGAGCUGGUCAGCUUGACCGACGGCUUCAUUGACUCAUUGUCGGCCAAGGUCCAUUCCACUCCGCCAAAUAUUGACAGGCUGUCGCAAAUGUUCCAGGACUUUUAUGCUACUGCCUCAGCCCAUAUCAGGACCCAUAUCGACAGCCUGGCUACUCUGCAGAGGCGAGAUGUGUCUCCGACGCCAGCCCUGUCGACCAGAGCAUCUGCUGCCAGCUUGCUCCGGGCCAAGGCUGCUUCGCUGGGUACCAAGGAGAAGACGAAGCCAGGAGUUGUCAGAAGGGAGUCAGAGAUGUUGACACCAGAAGAGCUGGCGGAAAGGAAAAAGGCGCGGAGAGCGCUGGAGCAGAAGAAGGGACUCUUGGAGGAAGCCGUGGAGAGGAGGUUAUGUGAAGGAGUCUACAGCAAAAUCUACCGCCAUCGUACCACUCAAGACGAAGCACAGGAUGCCAAACUUCGGUCAAAAACUGCUGCCCUCGCCGUGGUUGAUAUUGGGCCCGUGGAUCUCGGUGUCGAGCUCGGCACACCGGAAAAUGAUCCAGAAGCGAUCGCCAAGAAGACGGCCGAGGUCAAGGAGUGGUUAGAGGGCGCAAGGAAAGAGCUCACGUUGAUGAGCCAGGCGCGGUAUCCCCUUCGGAAGAUCAACCACCUAAAGGCCGCCUUCAAGAGCAUCAUUGAUACCCUGGCACAUUUCCACCCCUCGUCCUCGGCCGAUGAGCUCAUGCCCAUGCUCAUCUACACUCUCAUCACCCUCCCACCACAGAACCUCAACGCCAUCAGUGACAUCAACUUCAUCCAGCGCUUCCGCUGGGAACAAAAGCUAACCGGCGAGGCCUCCUACUGCCUAACAACUCUCGAAGCGACAAUCAGCUUCCUCGAAACCGUGGAUCUAUCCACCCUCCGCGCCGACGAAACCCCCGGCGGGCCCAUGAAAGCCCCCGGCUCACCCCCUAAAGAAAACACCUUUCCCCCAGCCUUCUCACCCACCUCACCCUCUCCCCCGACCGCCGCCACCGCCAUCGCGGCGGCAGCCGCCUCCAGUCCAAACCCCAACACAGCAACAGCCUCCCUCUCCGCCAAUUUGAUCAGGCCCCCCUCCCCCUCCCCCUCCUCAGCAGCCGCAGUGGGCUUCCGCUCCACAGUCUCGCAACAGCUCCGCAACCGCCGCCUCUCAGACCUAGUAAACACCCCCGCUCAAGCCUUCAACGCCGCCUCCGACGCUGUCCUCUCAACAGUCAACACCGCCGACCAGUCCCUAAAAACAAUAGGAAACUCCCUCGGCGACAGCUACAAAUUCCUCCUCGGCAAGCUCCGCGAACCUCUCUCCCAACCCGACGGCCAAGUCCUCGUGCCCAAAACCCUCGACGACGCCAGGAAACUGAUCGGGACACCGCCACCACCCCUCGACAGGGCUGACUCCCCCUCCCCUGGCCCGGGUCCGGUGUCAGAAGACCGCCCCCCAUUAUUGUCUUUCAUCUCAGGCACAGGCCGCAAAGUAUCUCGCGACCCUUCCGCGGAUAGUACUCGCAGCGGGGGCUCACGACGUGCCCUAGACGAACCCAAUUUACGCCCCCCCACAUCAACAACAACAACAACAACAGCAGUAGCCACAGGAGGGGGCGGUAGUCCAGUUGUGACCAGCCCGCUAGACUCCAUGAGACAAUUAGGCAACUCGUUCAACCCCUUGGGUCGUAUCUCGGCCGGCAUCGGCGGCUUUCGCAACUUUGGCCGUUCAACGCCCACACCGUCAUCACCUGCGCCACCCACGCCGACGAAGGAUGCUGUUUCUACUCUCUCAACCCGUGGGUUGGGAGUCACGACCGGGGCUGCGGGGACAGAAGGGGGUGAUUUGGCUACUGCAUUUCCCGAUCUGGCAGGGUCACUCCCGCCAAGGAAAAUUGAGGGGCCGAUACAGAAGUUCGUGAACAUGCAGAAUGCCGCCGAAAUGAAAGUGGGGGAUGUGUUUGAGCUGCUGAAGGACUACAAGAGGUUGGCUGGGGCGAUCAAGGAGAUGGGGGGGUUCAAGGAGUGAUGAUGUUGGGUACCUAAGUGUGUUGGAAUAGAUGAGGGUAAAAGGUUGGGUGUAUGUGGUGACUGACAUCUUGCAUUCGGAAUGGAUAAACAAAUCUAGGAUAUGACAGGUAGAAAGUGUCAAGAGAAAUGAAAUCAUCAAUAUCAGCAGU